UCAAAGCAUGAAGAUGUUCCUGGGUACCAUCCUUGGACCUUGGUACUAUCCUUGGGCCUUGGUACCAUCCAAUACGAUGUCCAUUGGUACCAUCCGUUGGACCAUCCAUGAAAUUGGAAUGCUACAAGGAACAUUAGCUGCAUGCUUCUGUUAACGGUGAGAAUGGAUCUGAAACUGCAGAUCUUCAAGUAUGAGGAUUCCGAGAAUGGAAGAUGAGAAUGCUGUGCGCUUGUGGGCCAACGCAAGAACAGCAUUACAGUGAUGUGAUAUGCAAUGGUGGUGAGCUGUAUUUCCUGUUCGGAUUGGCUGAUGCCUUGUGAUGGGAAUGUUGUCCGCUUGUGGUACAAAGCAAGGACGGCAUUAAUGCGAUGGUGGGAAGUGCAUUUUCUGUUCAGGUUCGCUGAUGCCUUGUGCUUCCCCUCGGGGUCUGUACGCUGUGUGCGGCAUGCAUCCCGUCCGACCUCCUUCAUGCUGCGUGAGCUAUGACCAGCAAUGGGUAUUGUAUACAGCAGAACCGGAAAGGUCCGAAGUGCAUGAUGCUUCUUUUGUGCUCUGGUUGGUUCGACGUCAUAUGUUGCUUUGGGGUCUCUGCCUUGUGUGUCGGAGUCCAUCCUCCCCUUUUGCAGCUGUGUGAUCGAUCAGUUGUGCAUCAGAGGAACGUGUGCCGCUACUGGAACCAACAGUCGGGGAGUGAUUCAGGGCGGUAUUUUGAACAGGAAGAAGAGAAGUGGGCACCAAAUAGGCAAUCAGUGGAAGUUGGAAAGGAGGCAGAACGAAGAACCAGAAGGAAAGAAAGAGGGGCGAGGACAAUUGUGCACACUAAGGAUGGAGAAGGGGAAUAUUUUACGAUGGAGAUGGGAAGGGGCCGCUCUGCACCUCUGUUCAGUGUUGUUGCUAUUCUCUUAUCGGUGUAGGGAAGGAAGCAGCGAGUGAGGGAGUCUGAGCUGGCAUUCCCUUUGGGUUCUGGUGAUGGAUGCUCGGAUUGGCUCCCAGCGAAAUUUUGAUGGUUCUUUCAUACGUUGGGACACUGUAAAGGAACACAGUCAUGAAUGUAGGCCACCAGGUUGGGGUCCCACUUGCCUAGAUUCAUGAUCCUGGACUAUCCCCUUCACUGGAGGCCGGGUGAAAACUCCUGGGCAUGCUUGCACACAACAUUAAACGUUUGUUGCCCUGCUCCCUUGCUCUGCAACAUGCUGUGUGGUUGAGUUUGACUGGUAGCAAGCGAGUAUGUUGCAUGGACCGACAGUUUUGUUGGCCUUCAUAAAAUGACAGUGAUUGUGGCUAUGACUCUGCAUCUUCCACGUGCACCAGCAUAUCGUGUCUGGUCGGUGAGUUGCAGGUAGGUAGCCUCAGAUCAGCUAGCGGGGGAGUGAGUAAUUGUUGCAGUCUUGCAGGAAGCAAUGCUUUUAGAGAAGUCUGCACUCCGAUCAGCACGAGGGAAAAGCGUUCGUUGUUGAAAUCUUUUUCUCACGCUUGCUUUUGUUGUAGCAUGUGUUUUUUUUCAUUGCUGGAAGCCAUGACAGGUGCUGCUGCUUAUGGGCGAGGAGGUACGGUGCGCAUCUGGUGGUUUGUCAGAAAGUUUGUCCUCGUACUGUGUGAACAACGGUGUGGCGGAGAGGCUAGCUUCGUAAAUGAUGGUGUGGCAGAAAGGUUAUUGUCGUAUGUGGUGAUAAGGCAGGAGGGUUAUCCUCGGAAACAUUGAUAUGGCAGGAAGGUAAUCGGGGAUGGUGUAUAUUAUGAUCUGACAGGGAAGCACCUGGAUGGAGAUGAAGAGCUGCAACUUCGGGAGUACUGAACUCCAGAGGGUUAAGGUGGUUAGGCAUGCGAAUGGAGAUAAAGGAAAGGGGUGCGACGUCGGGAGUACGGAACUCCAGAGGGUUAUGGUGGUUAGGCAUGCGAAUGGAGAUAAAGGGAAAGGGGUGCGACGUCGGGAGAACGGGACUCCAGAGGGUUAUGGUUUUUAGGCAUGCAAACGGAGAUAAAGGGAAAGGGGUGUGACGUCGGGAGUACGGGACUCCAGAGGGUUAUGGUUUUUAGGCAUGCGAACGGAGAUGAAGGGGUGCAACUUCUGGAGUACGGGACUCCAGAGGGUUACGAAUGUUAGGCAUGUCCGAGCACGCUGAGAAGCAUAUUCUCUGCUAAUCAGGUCUGGUAAGUAUGGUAUGUGGGGGUGAACUGAAGACUUAACUACGAGACUGAACACUAAGGUAAUGUGGACUGGAUGGAAGAUUAUGUACUACUGACGAUUAUGGCGUUUUUCUUUUGUUUUUCUUUUUUUACUUGCUUUGUAAUAACGAUUAGUCUCCACCUGCAAUAUGUACUCUGCAUAUUGUGUUCAGCACUAGUCUAUUUUUCAUCUAGUUGUCCGAGGUGGAGCUUUCUGUUGCAGUUGUAAUAGCUGGAACAGAUAGGACGAAGAAGAAGCAAUAGACUAUGGAGCGCUGAGCAUGUAAGGGUUAUGGGAGUCAUGUCUUGACUCUUGAGAAUAUUUUCACAGAGAUUCAUUAUCAUGCCAAAAGAGAUGUGGUGGGACUCGCACUCUUUUGGAACAGGUGUUCAUGGAAGGAGCAGUUUAAAUGCUCCAGUUGUCAAAUGAAAAGUAUUCUGCUGAGCCGACAAACCCUCGUUUCUGUACUUGGAGCUUCAUGUUUUCAUUUCAUUUCCUUCUCCCUCAACAGGAUCUAAUUGCCCGCAGAGGAAGAAAUGUGGGGAUCAGAGCCUACGCAUAUGUUGCAGGCUGUGCUUUAUCUUGUGUGCAUGUGCGUGUGUGUUUGUGUUUGUGUGUGUGUGUGUGUGUGUGUGUGUGUGUGUGUGAGAGAGAGAGAGAGAGAGAGAGAGAGAGAGAGAGAGAGAGAGAGAGAGAGAGAGAACAUUGUUGCAAAGGCCUGCCAAAUGCAUGGUGGGAUGUAAAGGGUUCUGGCCUGAUGAGAAGAAUUCAGAGAGGGAGGGAGUCUAGCUAGAUUAGGCAUGUGUAGGACGAUGGAGAGUUGUGUUUCUUUAUCUAUAAAUGGGGAGGGAGGAGGUUGCAAGGAAGCAUAAGUCGGAAUCAACCUCGAUGAAGUUGCAAUAUGUUCGCUUAACAUCUUGACAGAGUCUCAAGCUUUGGCCAGGACUUCCAGAAUUCCAAUCGUGGAGAGGCCGAGGAGCGGCCGACGGCAUCAGGGCGUGCUGACAUUUUGUGACUUAUUCCUUAUUCUAUUUUGGACCAGAAUAUUGAUUCUCAAUAUUUGGGCUAUGUACCUUAUUUGGGGAUCUCCUGGUACUAUGGAUAUGGUAUGGCUAUGGAGCAAGGGUGACGCUUCAAAGGUGCCAAUUUUUGUUUGCCACAUAAUUAACCAAUCGAGUGCUUGUUGGAUCAUCGAAAACGUGCUUCGUUUUCUGUCUGCUUUGUGCAAUUUGUUUUCCAUUGUGAAAUUCGUGAGGGCUUUUUAAGAG